GUUAGUCAGGAACGCAGCCACUUUGCUGUUGACACCAUUAGGCUAGUACCAUAUUCAGAGUUACUGAAAUGAAUUCAAAAUUAUGUGUUGUUUUACUCGUCUUAAUGAGUGUGUUGCGAAGUGGUGCAUCUGCACAAUGCAAUCCAAGGUACGAAUAUGAAUGUGGUGAUGGCACUUGCAUUAUCCGUUAUUGGCGAUGUGAUGGCGUUCACGACUGCAAAGAUAAUUCUGAUGAAACUAAUUGUGGUCAAGUCUGUUACGAUUGUUCCUAUAAGUAUGACCCUGAUUACCCAGACUACUUUGGAUGUAUGCCUGACAAAUAUCCAAACUAUUGCUUUAAAGAUGAAAUCUGUUCUACUGAGUACACCAAGACAGAAAAUGGUAUUAUUAUUUCUCUCGGAUGCAUGAAUCAACUUGAAUGCUCUGUAAACAAUUCGAAGAAUGAUGAUAGUUGUAACAAAGAUGACCCUGGUGCUACGGAAACAAGCUGUACAUUUUGCUGCGACAGCGAGUACUGCAAUGACGCAUAAAGAUAAAUGUUUCGUCUUUUUGCGUAUCGCGAUUAGUUAUUUUCACUAAAAUGGUGAUCAUGUGGUAUAGUUAUGUGUAUUAAGUAAUACUUGAAUAAAUAUAGAACAACUGUAA